CACCCCUCCGGCAAUGGCAGCCCAGAAGGGAAGCCCAAAGAUGAUAGGAGACUGCAGUUUUCUGAGCCCGCCCAGAAGGGCUCAAUAAUUCAAGGAGAAGGUCACAUGAGCCCCCUUCACUGUCCCCAGCUUCCUUCACCCCCCUGGCGUCUGGUUACAGCCCCAGAUCAGGUUCUGACAUCCCAACUGGUAAAUAAUUAACCUUCCUUUGGUCCCGCAUCCCCACCCCAGCGGCAGCCCUUUGGAGGGCUCAGGGCUAGUGAGGACGCUGCUGGGCCCGAGGUCCCUCAGUGGCUGGUGUUGGACCUCUCGGGAGAGGCAUCAGGCACCCACCUUCCCUGCUCUUCUUCCUUCCUGGGGGUCUUGCCCUUCCACUUCAUGGCCCUUGAGAUGGAGCAGUUCUAUCGAUCUACGAUGGCCAUCUACAAGAGCAUCAUGGAACAGUUUAACCCCGCCCUGGAAAAUCUAGUCUACCUGGGGAACAACUACCUUCGUGCCUUCCACGCGCUGUCGGAAGCGGCCGAAGUCUACUUCAACGCCAUCCAGAAGAUUGGGGAGCAGGCCCUGCAGAGCUCCACCUCGCAGAUACUGGGCGAGAUCCUCGUGCAGAUGUCAGACACCCAGCGGCACCUGAACUCGGACCUGGAACUUGUGGUGCAGACUUUCCAUGGAGACCUCCUACAGCACAUGGAGAAGAACACCAAGUUGGACAUGCAGUUUAUCAAAGACAGCCGCCAACACUACGAGAUAGAGUAUCGACAUCGUGCUGCCAAUCUAGAAAAAUGUAUGUCGGAGCUAUGGCGGAUGGAGAGGAAGAGGGACAAGAACACCCGGGAGAUGAAGGAGAGUGUGAACAGGCUGCAUGCCCAGAUGCAGGCCUUCGUCUCUGAGAGCCAGAGAGCCGCCGAGCUGGAGGAGAAGAGGCGUUAUCGGUUCCUGGCCGAAAAGCACCUGCUGUUCUCCAACACCUUCCUGCAGUUCUUUGGCCGGGCCCGGGGCCUCCUCCAGAACCGAGUACUCUUGUGGAAGGAACAAUCUGAAGCCAGUCGAAAUCCAUCUCGUGCCCACUCCCCAGGCUUGCUGGGCUCUAGUCUUGGGUCUUCCUACCCUUCAGGCCGCCUGACCCCUACCCGCCUGGAGAUGCCCCAGAGGUCUCUGGGAGACUUCAGCUCCCCCCGGAGCCGGCAUAACUCCGGCUCCUACGGCCAGGAGCCCAGUGAGGGGAGACCCUUGUCCCAGCUGGAGUCGGAUCGUAUGUCCCUGCCCCGGAUGCCAUCUUCCACCUCCCUGUACCCCAGCAGCGCCCAGCGGUCCCGUUCUAACUCAUUUGGGGAGCGGCAAGGCGGCAGCAGGGUCCCCCAACGAGCUCGGGCACUGGUAUCCCAUUCGGAUAGCGCCAACCAUACUCUGCUGCCCUUCUCCGCUGGCGACGUCAUCCUGGUGCUGGUGCCUGAAGCCCAGAAUGGCUGGCUGUAUGGCAAGCUGGAGGGGUCGUCCGCGAGCGGCUGGUUCCCUGAGGCCUAUGUGAAGCCCUUGGAAGAUCUGCCCGUGAAUGAGCUGCCCUCCAGAACCUACCCGCUUCGGGGCACUCACAGCCUGGACAACCUCCUGGACCGCCCCGUGAACUCCUUAGCCUCCUCCGAGUACUGGGACAGCCGGCCCCACGUGCCCACCAGGACGACCAGCAGGGCGCCCAGCCGAGCCCCCACCCCGCCCCCGCUGCCCCCGGACAGCAGCCGCCGAAGCAGCAUGGGCAGCAUGGGGGUAGCCAGUGACGCCAAGAAGCUGCUGGCCUGGGAGCAGAACCCCCCGGAGCUCUUCCCCCGAGGCACCAACCCCUUUGCCACGGUGAAACUUCGCCCCACGGUCACCAACGACCGCUCGGCCCCCCUCAUCCGCUGAGGACGCCCUGUCUGGGGAGCCUCCCCCAACGUCCAGGCUCGGCCUGGCCCGGCCCGGCCCAGCGUGCGCCCCUCAUGGGCACCGGACACAAGGCCGAAGGGACGUUGGUUCUAGGACGGGAGCCGCCUGCCCUCUCUCCGGGCCCAGCCGGGGCGGACGUUCCGGAGCCAGGGGGGCUCUGCGCUCCCAGAAUGAGGGGGGACCCGGGGCCAGAGGGCAGACUCCCGGGCCCAGGCCCCCUCCUACCCCCUGUGGAGUGGAGGGUGGAAGCGGCUGCAAAUAAACGGGAUGGAUCAGACCGAG